AUGGCGCAAGAGGACCUCCUGGUUGACGGUCGCGAAGACCUGCAUGACGGUGGUGAGGUCGAUCUGAAUCAAAAUGGAGCCAAGGAUGAUGCCGCUUUGCUGCAAACCAUGGGAUAUAAGCCGGUGCUUCACCGGACUUACACGCUUUUCGAGAACUUUUCGACCAGCUUCGCUGCGCUUUACUUCGUCGGUGGUGUGCGCGUCACCUAUAGUACUGGUAUAGCGGCAGGUGGAAACCUAGCCUAUUGGACCAGUUACUUGGUCACUAUGGUAUUCACUUAUAUCACGGCGGCUGUCAUCGCCGAAGUUUGCUCCGCUUCUCCCUCCGCGGGCUCUAUCUAUCUAUGGGCCGCUGAAGCUGGUGGUCCUCGGUAUGGUCGUUUCCUGGGAUUCAUUGUCGCAUGGUGGAGUACCACCGCAUGGACUACCUUCUGCGCCAGUAAUACGCAAGCUGCGGCGAAUUAUAUGCUUUCUGAACUCACCGUGUUUAACGUCGACUUCCCCAAGGAUACUGACAGUGUCAAAUUCCGCGCCGUUCAGUGGAUUUGUACCGAAGUUCUGCUUGCAUUGGCUGCCCUCUUGAAUUUCUUGCCUCCUCGCUAUUUCAAGUAUGUGUUUUGGGUGUCCUCUGGGUUUGUGAUGCUGGACUUCUUCCUCAAUCUCAUCUGGUUGCCCAUUGGCGCUGCCAACACUUGGGGCUUCCGCUCGACACACGAGGCUUUCAUGACAACCUACAACGGAACCGGUGCUCCGGCUGGUUGGAACUGGUGUCUUUCGUACCUGGCUACGGCCGGUAUCUUGAUUGGCUUCGAUGCUUCUGGUCACGUCGCGGAAGAGACAAAGAAUGCCUCAGUCACUGCAGCUCGUGGUAUCUUCUGGAGCACCGUCGUUAGUGGUAUUGGUGGCUUGGCUACCAUUAUUCUGUUCUUGUUCUGUGCUCCUACCGCCGAUGUCCUUAUGGACUUUGGUUCCCCACAGCCUUUUGUGCCACUGUACGCAGUUGUCUUAGGCCAAGGUGGUCACGUUUUCAUGAACGUUGUCUGCAUUAUUGCGCUUUGGCUGAACACCGCUAUUGCUAUCAUUGCCGCCUCUCGCCUCGUCUUCGCCGUUGCCCGCGAUGGUGUCCUCCCAUUCUCGGGCUGGGUUUCCAAAAUCCAUGACGGUCAACCGCGUAACGCUGUUAUCGUAGUCUGGGGCGUCGGAGCUCUUAUCAGCUGCACAAUCCUGCCCUCCAACGUGGCUUUCACCUCUCUUGUAUCCGCAGCCGGUGUUCCCAGUGCCGCCGCCUACGGUCUCAUCUGCCUAGGCCGACUCCUCUGCACCCCUAAGCGCUUCCCCAAGCCGCAGUGGAGUCUCGGUCGCUGGAGCAAGCCCUUCCAGUUUAUCGGCGUCUUCUGGAACGGAUGGGUUGUGGCUAUCUUGUUCUCGCCAUAUGAGUGGCCCGUCACCGGGGCCACCUUGAACUACGCGCCCAUAAUCAUGGCAGCUGUCACCAUCUUCGCCUUGAUCUGCUACUUCGUCAUGCCAGAAAGCGCCUGGCUCCCGAACGAACGGAUCACGCACUUCAUCGACUCGAAAGGUGCCACCGAAACAGUCGAGGAGGUCAGCUCCUCGACCCAGGAUGAAAGAAAUACCGACCGGACGUGA